CUUUCUUCGCCACCACUCCUCCAAUCUCUAUACUCUCUUUGCUGCAUUUUCUAACACAACUGAGAAACCCUCCUUUCCUUUCAUCAUUUCCUAAUCUCUCAUUUUAUUCCUUUCGGAUCUUCAUCUACUGCUAUCACAUUCAUAUCAUUUGUUUUUUUUUUCCUUUUUAAAUUUUGAUUCUUGGAUCCCCUGCAUUAGAUCACAGCCAAAUUGUAUUGAGUGUAAAAAUUGGGAGAUUUCUGGAGAAGCUGCUGAUGUAUCUUAAACAAAGAAAUCACUUGCAUGGCCACAACGCAUAAGUGAUCUUCUGAUCAUGUUUGGGACAAGAAAGCGAUCAAAUAUAAAGAGGCCCAUAUGGACUAUAUUAUUGGUUUCUGUAGCGAGCAUUUUUCUGACUGUUGCUUAUUUUUAUCUACCAAGAAGUUCUGCAUCAUGCUUUUUAUUUGACUCUGAAGCUUGUGGAGCAUAUGAAGGGGUGGCUACCCGGGAAUUGACUGAUGCUGAGACUGAAUCUAAGGUUGUUGUCAAGGAACUUCUGAAGACUCGUCCUGUCCAUACAAAGAACCCUAAGAUUGCUUUUUUGUUCUUGACUCCGGGUACAUUGCCUUUUGAGAAGCUCUGGCACGCAUUCUUUCAAGGCCAUGAAGGCAGAUUCUCAGUUUAUGUGCAUGCGUCAAAGGAAAAACCAGCACAUGUCAGCCGUUAUUUCGUUGAUCGAGACGUUCACAGUGAAUCGGUAGCCUGGGGAAGAAUUUCCAUGGUUGAAGCAGAAAAGAGACUUUUGGCCAAUGCACUUUUAGACCCUGAUAACCAACAUUUUGUCCUGCUAUCCGAAAGCUGUAUACCCGUGCGUCACUUUGAAUUUGUGUACAACUACUUGUUGUAUACAAAUGUCAGCUUUCUUGACUGCUUUGUGGACCCUGGUCCUCAUGGGAAUGGCAGGUAUAUUGAACACAUGCUUCCUGAAGUAGAGAUACGGGAUUUCCGAAAGGGUUCACAGUGGUUCUCCUUGAAGCGGCGCCAUGCAAUAAUAGUGAUGGCAGAUAAUCUCUACUUCACAAAAUUUAAGCAUUAUUGCAGGCCAAAUAUGGAGGGAGGACGCAACUGCUAUGCUGACGAGCAUUACCUUCAAACGUUCUUUCAUAUGAUUGAUCCUGGUGGAAUUGCAAAUUGGUCAGUAACGUUUGUUGAUUGGUCUGAGGGAAAAUGGCAUCCAAGAUCAUUUGCGCCCGCGGAUAUCACCCAUGACCUACUAAUGAAAAUAUCAUCCGUGACAGAAUGCCCACAUUACACAAGUGAUGCACAGAGAUCAUUAGUGAUUACACCGUGCAUAUGGAAUGGGUUACAACGGCCUUGUUACCUAUUCGCGAGGAAGUUUUACCCAGAAACACUGGAAAAAUUGUUGCAGCUUUUCUCUAACUUCACAACAUUCUAAGAGCAUUUUCUUUAGGUAAAAUAUGGCAUUGAUUAUUUGGUCACGUGAUGCAUGCCCUGCCUCACCUUGGCUCUUGCACAUAUGGAUCAUUUAUAAGUUGGGUCGUAGGGAAGUCCAGACCCAAAGGAAAUGAAUUUUUUGUAGGGAGAGAAAAGAGAGGGUGAUUAAGCUUUGGAUUGAUAAAAUUGACAAGCUUGUGGACGGUGAUGGAUGGAUGUUUUCCAGUUCUGAUUUUUAUAAACUUUGGAUGGUUGGUUUAUUCUCAAACAUUGUAGGUUUUCCUCGAAGUUGACAAUUAAUCUUUGAUACACUUCACUGAAAGAGGGAAAAGUUUUGAUCUUCAGGGAGAAUCUUCAUUGGCGUUUAGUGAGAAUCUCGGCACUUCAAAUUUACAAGUUGAUACUUACUACCCACUAAUAUUGUUGAACAGUGACGGUUGAUUAGAUUAUCAGUUUAUAAUAGCACCUGAUAUUUUUAAAAUCAAAGUCGUCAUGGAAUCGAUAAAGGUAUAUUAGAUUAACUAGCAUUUACUUUCCCACUGAAAUGUAAUGAAAUAGUCAAGUAUAUUUUAUUGAUAUGGAUGAGUUGAUGAAACUGGUAAACACAA